AUGCCCGGAAUGUUCGAUUAUUUGAAUGACGACCCCGUACUCCAUGAACAAGAUGAUCCUGUGCUUCCGGAGUUCGUGAACGAUUUUCUUUCGGGUAAGUACGAUAUAAUGUAUUGGUCUGGUACUUUUAACUAUAUUGUGUAUUAAAAUUAUAUUUGCAGCCGAUGUGAUGAUGGACACGUUUGAUGAGGACAGUCUUUUCUCGACUCUGAACAACGCCACGGAAGCUCAUGUGGCCGAAGAUCAUUGUUAUGCCGGAUUCGAGGUGAGCAACUCCCCCAUCAGCUCGGAAGGGUCUUCUCCUUCUUCCUCCAGCUCUAUGGGAAUAUCCAAUGCUGACUCGGACUAUUGUUCACCCGGGGGCUCAUUCCCAAGUGAAAGCCCAGUAUAUGACGGCGUGAAAGGAAUCAAAUUCGAGCCCGAUUAUGGAUACGUAGAGCCCCCACAACCAGUGCCCAUGACUAAAGUUGUGAGAGUGCAGCAUAAGAGGCAGAUCGGGAGGGUCAACAACACCUCUCAAAGGGCACGACUCAGCUUCGGUAAGGUUGAGCUUUAUUUUCCUUUGCCACAAACAAUAGGGCGGCUGCACUGUUAAGAAAAAAGAUGAUUGCUUUAAAACUUUUGUGCCAUUUCAUGGUUGUCACAAUCAGCAGACUCUAGAUUCCAUUUUUUCUUUUUCUGCCGCUUAAAAAUACUCGCAAGGUCGUUGCGCAAUCGAUUGGUGUAUUUGUAGGUCAAUGUCGUUUGUUUCGAUUACAAAAAUGUUUUUUGUUGAGGUUAUUUUCAUGAAUAUGCUAGGAACAGUUUGAACGAGAGUUUAUGACGGAUAAAGUCCUUAUGGUUAGACUACAUAGAUAUUACGCAUUCAAAAUUUACGGGUAUCUGACCUCUUACUAAUCCGAGGGGCCGUCGAUUGAAUACGUCAAUGUUUACAAUCGGUUUAAGAGAUCACCUGGCUCUCGAGAUGAGCACAAAGAAGUCCAAAUUCUUUAUUUACACUCUUGCGCAACUGCCUGUGGUCUCCGGUGCGAACUUGUACCGGCUGACCGGAUCGCCGCGAGCCCCCGAAAAACGAUGAAAUAAAUGUUGGGAAGUGUGAAAACCUUGAGAUUCGAAUCAAAAAAAGAGUCAGCGGACAGCAGAAUACUGUAAAUCCCAUUGUUUAUAUCACUCAAACAUCCGGCAUUAGAUCAACCAAAGUGCCAUUUUUUGUUUAUUUAGCGCCCUUAAAAAGUUCUGAACCACUUUUCAGACGUAGGGAAGAUUUUUUUUUGAUUUAUUUGCCUAGGCCACUGCUUCCGUCUCCAUUUAAAGAUUGACAGGCUGUUCCGCUUUUAUCUUUGUUUUUUUCUGUGUAAUAUAAAAACCAGAAGGGGUCGCAUUCCGGAAAACGCUCUAGGAACAGCGCAGAUUUGAAUCUAAUUUUCAGAAAACGAUAAAACAAAAAAAAUGACAGGAAAGUAGCAGAACGCUUGACAAUUCACUAUACAUCGUAAUUGAACAAAUUUUUCUUUAGCUCCGGCGACAUUCCAUUAUACCGACAACAAUGAGGGGUACAAACCAGUGCAGAGAACCCAGACCAGCAACAAUCUGGACUCAGUUCAAUUCAGCCGGGUACCACCAAAUGUAAAUCCGGCCGACAGACAACGAAAAUAUCCACCAUUGGUGUUGUCCGAGGAAGAGAAACGACUCUGCAAAAAGGAGGGAAUCACUUUGCCCGACUGUUAUCCCUUAACCAAGAUUGAAGAAAGGGAACUCAAGAGAAUCAGGAGGAAGAUCAGAAACAAGAAGAGUGCCCAGACUAGCCGCAAGCGAAAACAAGUAAGCCUUUAAUAUAUUACCAAACCAUGUGUGGUAUUGUUAAUGAUGAUACCGUUUUUAGGACUACAUAGAUGCUCUUGAACAUCGCGUUGAAAGUUGCACAGAAGAGAACCGCGACCUCAAAAGGCAGAUUGAUCUUCUGACCAAGGAAAACCAGAACAUUACAGUUCAAUUGAGGAAGUUGCAGGCCACUUUGACUGGAUCUUCCAAGAGAACCACACAAGCCGGCACUUGUCUGGCCGUCCUUCUUCUUUCGGCUUGUCUUCUGGUGAUGCCCAAUAUGAAUGGAGUCGUCAAAAACAAGAGUCUGGAGCCACAACUCGCCGAGAUUGAGGCCGUCCAGCCAGAAGAGGCCGAGUCCCGAGGACGGGGAACCAUCGCCGGGUCUAAUGGAUCACUCACCUUGACCUGCGACAACGCCAUCAACAUCAACAAUGCCUCCGGCUUUGGAAAAUCUCGAACUUUGACUUCCGCCCUUCCCGAAGAACUCGGGAGCCUGGAGGCAUUUGAGGAAAAUUUAAUUGAUACGAGUCAACUCAAAGAAAUAACUAUAGAGGACUCGGAUUUCAAUGGAUCAGACCUUGUCGAUGAAUCUAUGACUCAAGAGCUGGUCGAAAACAUUAACCAUGACGUCCAAUUUCAAUCAAAGGACCAGGACCGAGCUUACUUGGCUCCUCAACAGACAGUGAGACGUGUGAUCCUUGCUAACAACCGCGUGGUCGAGAAAUCCAACGACCGUCAAUCGUUUGUCCAACGGAAUGUCCAUCAGUAUGCAUACGAAAAGACUUUAUCCCCACAGGUGGUUUAUAUUUCAAAUGGACCAGAUUCCUUAAGAAGAGCGGCGGAUCAGAAGUAUCAGCGGAUUGUAACUAAGAACCACGGAACCGUUCGCUUGGUCCCCGCCCGCCUUAACCACAACACCACUGUCUUCAAUUAUGGGGAAUCCGAACCCAAGAGGACCAGAUACCAUCAAUAA